AUGGGUGGUGAUGUUGCAUCCACGACUGUGAUACUAAAAUGGCUAACCAGCUCUUCGCUCCACCAAACCAUGGCUUCAUUCAACCACUCUUGGCUCUCUUCUCCACUCACCGAAACUCCUACUUUCUUCUUGUCUCCAUCUCAACAACCAAAAUCCUUGAAACUCUCACUUUUCCGAACUCGGAGCAACUCGUCCUCGCCGGAACGCUCGUCGGAGGUUGAGGUUGAUCCCGUGAAGCUCGCCUUGAAGAAAGCAGAGGCUUAUAAGAAAUCGAAAUCAGAGCGAGAAGUAGGAGAGAAAAAUGCCGGUGAGGAGGAAUUGCCGCUCUCGGUUAAGGCUGCUAUGCAAAAAGCCAAUGAUUAUAAGAAAAGGAAAGGGCUUGGAGCUGAUGUCGUCGAGGAACCUAAACCCAGUAGUGUAGAGCAAAGUCUUGUCAGAUCGUCAAAUAAGGUUGUUGAAGAUAAUGAUGUUAAGAAGAAAGAGUUGAAAGUCUCCAGCAUUGAUUUCAUGGGGCUUGGCUUUGCUGAUAAGAAAACCACAAGAGGGCUUCCAGCUGGACUUGUUCCUGUUAUAGACUAUCUUCCUGAAGGAGACUUACCUGAGGUGGAGUUUAUUGUUGGUGAUAAAACGAGAUUUGCCGAGACAGAUAAGGAUAUCAAGCAAGAAGGAGAUGAAAACUCUGAUGUUUAUAAGCCCAAAGUUUCUACAUGGGGAGUUUUCCCAAGACCUAGCAACAUUUCCAAGACGUUUGGUGGUGGAAGAACACUCCAACCGGGUGAUUCAGUUGAAACCGCUGAAGAGAGAAUUGCAAGAGAAGCGCGGACAAAAAAAUUGCUCACUGCCUACAAGGAAUCAAUCGGACUGAAUAUUGAUCCCAAACUCAAACUUGAGUGUGAGAAGGCGAUAGAGAAGGGGAACUCACUUAUGGAUUCUGGGAAACUCAAGGAAGCUUUGCCAUACUAUGAAAAGGUCAUGGAGAAAAUAGUUUUUAAGAGUGAGCUUCACGGACAAGCAGCUUUGCAGUGGUCUAUUUGUCAGGAUUCACUUCGAAAGGCAAAUAAGGCAAGGGGUAUGUAUGAGAAGCUUCUAUCCCAUCCAAAUCCAAGAGUGAGCAAGAAAGCGAGGCAGUUCAUGUUCAGUUUCCAGGCAAUGGAGAUGCUGAAGGUUAAGGGGUCGAGCUACAUGGAGGGGAACACUGGUUAUCAGAACUACUUUGAAGCCUUUGUCAAAGAUAACGUGAAUUACAAAGCGCAGGAGGAUAAUGAAAGAGAGGCAAUGGGUAUAGAUGAGACACUCCUGUAUGUGAUUCUGCUUGCGUCUCCGAUUCUAAUGGUCUUUGUUGUGGCUGCACAGAGAGGGAAUAUCCACUGAGACGCACUAAUUAUUGUCAACUUCUUACAUUUAAGUGUUGUAAAUACAAUAUAGGUAAUGUGAUGCAACCAGCUAAGUUAGUCAUUGUUUGGUUUGCAUCUAUUGUUGACAUAAAUUAAAAAUUCAUUUUAUUACAAUUAAGGAUCA